AGGCAGGUAUCUAGUCUAACCGUCAAAGCCUUGUAGCCCAAACAGACACCAUUCAACCCAGUGAUUCAUCCAAAAAGAUCUUUUUAUUCUGUUAUUCAGUGCUUCACUUGCUUCCAUGAUGGUUAAUAUAACGCCAAUAUGUUCUCAGGGGUUUGCAGCAGUAUGCUGCGGAUUUGCUGCGCUGAUAACUUAUCUAUCCCUGCGCCUAACUUAUAAUGUCUUCUUUCAUCCUUUGAGCAGUUACCCAGGACCAUUUGCUGCAAAGUUGUCGGACGCCUACAACGGCUAUUAUGCUUUCAAGCGGCAACUUCACAUUAUAACACGACAGAACCAUCUCACGUAUGGUACUAUCGUGAGGCAGGGGCCUAACAAGCUCGUGUUCAACUCCGUCGCAGCUCUACAAGAUAUAUACAGAAAUGAUAAUACUACUAAACCUAAGGCGUAUAUUGCCUUGGGUCCUAGACUAUCAAUCCCGACCAUCUUUACAGCGCAAGAUCGUCAAGUGCACCGAGCAAGGCGACAACUUAUUGGUCGAGCCAUCUCAGAGCGCUCCAUGCGUAUAUUCGAACCUACUAUGCAUGACCAAAUUGAUCUCUUGAUUCGGCAUAUCUUCCAUUCCAUCAAAAGGCCUCAAUCUACCACUAUCAAUAUGACCGAGCGCGCUAGACUUCUCGGAUUUGACCUUGCCGGACUCCUUGCAUUUGGCUAUGAUCUCAACCUUCAGACACAAGAAAAGAACAGUUUUGUAUUACCAAUGCUGGAAGCCGGGUUCUUCUGGAGUAGCGUCUUCCUUCAUUGGCCUUUGACACGCAAAUUUUCCAUAACGUUAGCUACAUUAAAGGUUUUUCGCCGAUUAAGGAGCCAAUAUCUUUCUUUAGUUGAACACAUCAUUAGCUCUCGUACUAAACAGGAUAAAAAUGCCCAACAUGAUCUCUAUUCGAUCGUUGCAGAUGAACUAGACUCAUCUGGGCCUGAUGGCAUACGGGCGAGUGAGCUCUGGGCCGAAGCUACUCUAUUCCUACCAGCAGCGGGGGAUACAACGAAAACCGCACUAGCAGCUAUUUUCUUCUAUCUUUCCCAAAACGUUCACUGUUACAACACGCUUGCGAACGAGAUUCACUCCAAAUUCACAAGCGGGAGCCAAAUCCGCGGCCCAUCCUUAGCGGGCUGCCAAUAUUUGAGGGCCUGUAUUGAUGAAACAUUGCGAAUGUCCCCGCCGGUCGCCGGCAUCCUUUGGAGAGAAGCGUAUCCGAGCGAGCAACCCUUCAUUGUAGACGGACACAUGAUUCCCCACGGUACCGUUGUCGGGGUGAAUAUCUAUUCGAUCCACUACAAUAAGGAGUAUUUCCCAGACCCAUAUACUUUUCGCCCGGAAAGAUGGUUAGAUGAUGCGAAGACAGUGCGCGAUGCGUUCGCUCCAUUUUCGGUAGGCCCUCGAGGAUGUGCGGGUAAGGCCAUGGCAUAUUUGGAGAUUUCUCUCGUUGUGGCUAAGAUAAUGUGGUACUUUGACUUCAGAUCUGUAGCAAAGAGUGGUAGUCAUGGAAGCGAAAGCACGGGGGUGUUUGAAUUAUUGGACAAUUUCACUUCAAGCCAUGAAGGCCCUCACUUGGAAUUCCAACAACGGGGAGAGCACUGCAAAGAGUUAGAUAGUACAUAAGUAAAGUCGCGAACAGACUGGAGCUUUUUCUGGAGAACCUUGAUGAGCUGAGAAUGAUGGUGACUGGACCUACGGUUCCCUUGUGGUAGAUACUCAUGAUAAUAAAAUGUCUAUUGUUAAAUCAA